AUGAUAGGAGUGACCAUAGGAGUGACGAUAGGAGUGACCAUAGGAGUGACGAUAGGAGUGACGAUAGGAGUGACGAUAGGAGUGACCAUAGGAGUGACGAUAGGAGUGACCAUAGGAGUGACCAUAGGAGUGACCAUAGGAGUGAUGAUAGGAGUGAUGAUAGGAGUGACCAUAGGAGUGACGAUAGGAGUGAUGAUAGGAGUGACCAUAGGAGUGACGAUAGGAGUGAUGAUAGGAGUGACCAUAGGAGUGAUGAUAGGAGUGACCAUAGGAGUGAUGAUAGGAGUGACCAUAGGAGUGAUGAUAGGAGUGAUGAUAGGAGUGACCAUAGGAGUGACGAUAGGAGUGACCAUAGGAGUGAUGAUAGGAGUGACCAUAGGAGUGAUGAUAGGAGUGACCAUAGGAGUGAUGAUAGGAGUGAUGAUAGGAGUGACCAUAGGAGUGACGAUAGGAGUGACCAUAGGAGUGAUGAUAGGAGUGACCAUAGGAGUGAUGAUAGGAGUGACCAUAGGAGUGAUGAUAGGAGUGAUGAUAGGAGUGAUGAUGGGAGUGAAAAUAGGAGUGACGAUGAGAACGAUGAAGGUACACGAGGCGAACAGCUCGCUCCUGAAUGAUCGCGUAUUAGCCAUUGAAUUGGGCAAGGCGGUUUCCGGCCUCACAAGAAAAGUCAACAUCACUUUUUUCCACCAAAAUUCAUCAUUGGUAGGAGGCUCUAACCCAAUCUGGAACUCAUCGGGAUGUAGCACUGAGCAAGUGCACAGGGAGAUUGUGUGCUCCUGCGAUCACCUGUCCUUUUUCGCUGUUUUACUGGCAGGUAAUGGUACCCAGGUGUCCGGACUGCUGAGCUCCUACUCCAUCUGGCUCCUCACCCUGCUGUCCCGGAUCGGGUGUGGGGUGUCUGUGUGCUGUCUCGCUUUGGUCAUCGCCUUCCAUGCAAUAUACAGGUGGCAUAAUUCUGAGCAUUCUCUCAGUAUCCACAUCCACCUUUGUGUGGCGCUGCUGGGCCUGAACCUUUCCUUCCUCGCCAACGACAGCAUGACCUCCCUAAACAACCACGGAGUCUGUAUCUUCAUCGCCGCGGCGACGCACUACUCCCUCCUCUGCACCAUCACCUGGUUCGCCAUAGAGGGCUUUCACCUCUACUGGCUCGUAAUCCGUGUCUUCAACAUCUACAUCAGGAGAUACCUGCUCAAGCUGGCUCUGGUGGGCUGGGGGUUACCUGCAGUGGCUGUCAUAUCGAUCCUAAGCUGCGGAAAGUAUGGGAAGUACAACAUUUACCAGCUUGAGGGUGGCGCAGUAACAAUGUGUUACCUGCCUGAAUCGGUACUGCUCAGCACCACCUUCAGCUUCUUCGCCCUGGUGGUCCUGCUGAACCUGCUGGUGUUCGUGGCAGUGACUGUGCAUGUUGUGCGUGCGCGGAGGCUAAGCCCCGCCCAGCAGGAGCGGCACAUCACCCGGAAGGACAUAUUCAGCCUGAUGGGGGUCUCCUGGCUUCUGGGGCUGUCCUGGGGGGUGCUGCUCUUCCCGGUCAGCCCUCUGAAGGAAGUCAUCUUUUACAUAUUCUGCAUCCUUAACUCCCUCCAUGGUGUCUUUGUGUGCGUGCGCUAUUUCACUCUCCACCGCCGGCCGAAGGAAUCCCCCGGGACCAUGCUGUCAACAGUAACCACCACCACAGACAGCGUCGCAAGUGCCUCCGUCAACAAUAGGGAACGUACCAAAAAUAUAUACAACUGA